AAUAAUGAAGGUGGCUGCGGCGCGGCGGCAGACUCAGCAGUGCCGGGCGGGGGCGGCGUCGAGGCUGUGCCUGUAGGAGCUCGGGGCCGCCGCGGCGCGAUGGGGACCCGGCGCGGGGAGUGAGGUGGCGGCGGCGGCGGCGGCGAGCGGAACUUUAGCCAGAGGGGAUCUCCCGCUUCCCCCUCUGGCUCGGCGGCUUCCACCUGCGGCCCCUCGGCUCCCGCGUCCCGCGGGCCCGGGACGGCGACGGCCGGGGCAUGUGGUGCUGGAUCCGGCGGCAGCUGGGUUUUGACCCACCACAUCAAAGUGACUCAAGAACCAUUUACAUAGCCAACAGGUUUCCUCAGAGUGGCCUUUACACACCUCAGAAAUUUAUAGAUAACCGGAUCAUUUCAUCUAAGUAUACUGUGUGGAAUUUUGUUCCAAAAACUUUAUUUGAACAAUUCAGAAGAGUUGCAAACUUUUAUUUUCUUAUUAUAUUUUUGGUUCAGCUUAUGAUUGAUACACCUACCAGUCCAAUUACCAGUGGACUUCCGUUAUUCUUUGUGAUAACAGUAACCGCCAUAAAGCAGGGAUAUGAAGAUUGGUUACGACAUAACUCAGAUAAUGAAGUAAAUGGAGCUCCUGUUUAUGUUGUUCGAAGUGGUGGCCUUGUAAAAACCAGAUCAAAAAACAUUCGGGUGGGUGAUAUUGUUCGAGUAGCCAAAGAUGAAAUUUUCCCUGCAGAUUUGGUGCUUCUGUCCUCAGAUCGACUUGAUGGUUCUUGUCACGUUACAACUGCCAGUUUAGAUGGAGAAACUAACCUGAAGACACAUGUGGCAGUUCCAGAAACAGCAGUAUUACAAACAGUUGCCAGUUUGGACACUCUUGAAGCUGUCAUAGAAUGUCACCAGCCAGAAGCAGAUUUGUACAGAUUCAUGGGACGGAUGAUAAUAACUCAAAGAAUGGAAGAAAUUGUAAGACCUCUGGGGCCAGAGAGUCUCUUGCUUCGUGGAGCCAGACUGAAAAACACAAAAGAAAUUUUUGGUGUUGCUGUCUACACUGGAAUGGAAACUAAGAUGGCAUUAAAUUACAAGAGCAAGUCACAGAAACGAUCUGCAGUGGAAAAGUCAAUGAACACAUUUUUGAUCAUUUAUCUCAUAAUCCUUAUUGCUGAAGCCAUCAUCAGUACUAUCUUGAAAUAUACAUGGCAAGCUGAAGAAAAAUGGGAUGAACCUUGGUAUAACCAAAAAACAGAACAUCAAAGAAAUAGUAGUAAGAUUCUGAGAUUUAUUUCAGACUUCCUUGCUUUUUUGGUACUCUACAAUUUCAUCAUUCCAAUUUCAUUAUACGUGACAGUAGAAAUGCAGAAAUUUCUUGGAUCGUUUUUUAUUGGCUGGGAUCUUGAUCUCUAUCAUGAAGAAUCAGAUCAGAAAGCACAAGUCAAUACUUCUGAUCUGAAUGAAGAGCUUGGACAGGUGGAGUAUGUGUUUACAGAUAAAACUGGUACACUGACGGAAAAUGAGAUGCAGUUUCGGGAAUGUUCAAUUAAUGGCAUAAAGUACCAAGAAAUCAAUGGUAGACUUGUAUCUGAAGGACCAUCACCAGACUCUUCAGAAGGAAACUUAUCUUAUCUUAGUAGUUUACCCCAUCUUAAUAACUUAUCCCAUUUUACAACCAGUUCCUCUUUUGGAAGCAGUCCUGAAAAUGAAACUGAACUAAUUAAAAAACAUGAUCUCUUCUUUAAAGCAGUCAGUCUCUGUCACACUGUACAGAUUAGCAGUGUUCAGACUGAUGGCAUUGGUGAUGGUCCUUGGCAAUCGAACCUUGCACCCUCCCAGUUAGAGUACUAUGCAUCUUCACCAGAUGAAAAAGCACUAGUGGAAGCUGCUGCAAGAAUUGGCGUUGUGUUUAUUGGCAGUUCUGAAGAAACUGUGGAAGUUAAAACACUUGGAAAACUGGAACGGUACAAACUACUUCAUGUUCUGGAAUUUGAUUCGGAUCGUAGGAGAAUGAGUGUUAUUGUUCAGGCACCUUCAGGUGAGAAGUUUUUAUUUGCUAAAGGAGCUGAGUCAUCAAUUCUCCCUAAAUGUAUAGGUGGAGAAAUAGAAAAAACCAGAAUUCAUGUAGAUGAAUUUGCUUUGAAAGGGCUAAGAACUCUGUGUAUGGCCUAUAGACAGUUGACAUCUAAAGAGUAUGAGGAAAUAGACAGACGCCUCUUUGAAGCCAGGACUGCCUUGCAACAACAGGAAGAGAAAUUGGCACAUGUCUUCCAGUUCAUAGAGAAAGACCUGAUAUUACUUGGAGCUACAGCAGUAGAAGACAGACUACAAGAUAAAGUUCGAGAAACUAUUGAAGCGUUGAGAAUGGCUGGUAUCAAAGUAUGGGUGCUUACUGGAGAUAAACAUGAAACAGCUGUUAGUGUGAGUUUAUCAUGUGGACAUUUUCACAGAACCAUGAACAUUCUCGAACUUACAAACCAGAAAUCAGACAGCGAUUGUGCUGAACAAUUGAGGCAGCUUGCCAGAAGAAUUAAAGAGGAUCACGUGAUUCAACAUGGCCUCGUGGUGGAUGGGACCAGCCUCUCUCUUGCACUCAGGGAGCAUGAAAAACUAUUUAUGGAUGUUUGCAGAAAUUGUUCAGCUGUAUUAUGCUGUCGUAUGGCACCACUGCAGAAAGCAAAGGUAAUAAGACUGAUAAAAGUCUCACCUGAGAAACCUAUAACAUUGGCUGUUGGUGAUGGUGCUAAUGACGUAAGCAUGAUACAAGAAGCACAUGUUGGCAUAGGAAUCAUGGGUAAAGAAGGAAGACAAGCUGCAAGAAACAGUGACUAUGCAAUAGCUAGAUUUAAAUUCCUCUCCAAAUUGCUUUUUGUUCAUGGUCAUUUUUAUUAUAUUAGAAUAGCUACCCUUGUACAGUAUUUUUUUUAUAAGAAUGUGUGCUUUAUCACACCCCAAUUUUUAUAUCAGUUCUACUGUUUGUUUUCUCAGCAAACACUGUAUGACAGCGUGUACCUGACUUUAUACAAUAUUUGUUUUACUUCCCUACCUAUUCUGACAUAUAGUCUAUUGGAACAGCAUAUAGACCCUCACGUUUUACAGAACAAGCCCACCCUGUAUCGAGACAUUAGUAAAAACCGUCAACUAAGCAUUAAAACAUUUCUUUAUUGGACCAUCCUGGGUUUCAGUCAUGCCUUUAUUUUCUUUUUUGGAUCCUAUUUUCUAAUGGAGAAAAAUAUAUCUCUGCUUGGAAAUGGCCAGAUGUUUGGAAACUGGACAUUUGGCACCUUAGUCUUCACAGUCAUGGUUAUUACAGUCACAGUAAAGAUGGCUUUGGAAACUCAUUUUUGGACUUGGAUCAACCAUCUUGUUACCUGGGGAUCUAUUAUAUUCUAUUUUGUAUUUUCUUUGUUUUAUGGAGGGAUUCUCUGGCCAUUUUUGAGCUCCCAAAAUAUGUACUUUGUAUUUAUUCAGCUCCUAUCAAGUGGUUCUGCUUGGUUUGCCAUAAUCCUCAUGGUUGUUACUUGUCUAUUUCUUGAUAUUGUGAAGAAAGUAUUUGACCGACUGCUCCAUCCUACAAAUACUGAAAAGGCACAGAUGUACUCCAACACAGUUGCUUUAAGUGACGAGUUCAUCGCACUGCAGCCAUUGUCGAGGGCAAGGAAUCAGCUGAGCAAAAUUAGCUUGCUGAAACAAAUUCAAGUAUCAAGUGCUUGGACUCCAUGUGCUGUUUCUCAGAAGGAGAAACAGUGUGCGCAUCUGUUGGAAGAAUGCUGGAACGAGUAAUAGGAAGAUGUAGUCCGACCCAUGUCAGCAGAUUAUGGAGUGCAUCGGAUCCUUUCUGUAGCAACGACAGGAGCAUCUUGACUCUCUCCACAAUGGAAUCAUCCACUUGUUAAAGUGGCAGUAGUACUUUGUGGGAGCCAUUUCAACUCCUUUCCUCAAAUUCAGCAUGAUCAUCCUGGUAAUGGCCGUGCUGGCUCCUCAGAUUUGCUUUCUGAAAUCUCGGGGAGUAGUUCACACCCACUCAGUUAUAAUGGCAAACAAACAAAAAGCAUUAACACAAGCCCCUUCCAGCCCCCUUAAUUUAAAUCUAAACAUGUUAAAAUUUUUGAAUAAAGAGACAUUUUCCAUCUCUUUGUCUGGAUUGUCCCUUGUGCUUAUGGGACUCUUUAAUGGCAUUUCAGCCUCUUGCUAAGGCCACUAUAUUUUAAUAUCAAGAUAGACAAGGGAGAUAAUUCCUAGUUAAUUGUAUUUUUUAGUAUUAGCUUGGUUAUUGAGUGUUCUAUUUAAAUCUGCUUCUGUAAAUUAUGCUGAAAAGUUUGCCUUGAAAACUCUAUUUUUUUAUUAGAGUUAUAUUUGAAGCUUUUCAUGAGAAAAGUUAAUGUGAAUAGUAAGGAAUUUUGGUCUCUCAGUGACCUAUGUUGUUAAUUCAUUAAUGCUUUCUAAGUUCACAGAGCAAAUUAGGAGAAUGCGUUUCCAACCGUUUUUUCCUGCACUUUGGUAGUAAAUACAUAGGAAUACCAGACUUCUCUCUGUGUACUGUAGCACAACCAGUAAAGUUAACCAUUUACAUGCAAGCGGUGUACCAUAUCUCAUAUCUGUAAACUGGAAUCAAGUCCAUUCGCCAAAUUUCAAUAUGAUGUUUACUAAUAUUUUUGUGACAGAAUAUGAAGAACCGUUAGGGUGUAAAUUAUAUACCAUUAGCAUAUUAUUAUUUAAUGUGUUUAUCAUUGGAUCUUUUGCAUGCUUUAAUCUGAUUAAUAUAUUUCUAUUUGCUUUUUUUCUCUCUAUCUGAAAGCUCUGUUUAUAGUAUUUUAUGACACUGUUGUAAAGUUCAACUGUAUCAAUAAAAGGAAAAUUUGGACAGGAUUUAAAUAUUGCAAAUACUUUUAAUUAUACAAAUAAAAAUAUUAGCGUAAUUAAGCCAAUAAAAAGAGAAAAGCCUCUUUCUUUGGCUAACUUAGACUUGCUCUUGCCUUUCUUUAAGCUAGAUUUUAGAAUAAAGGAUUUUAGGUGAGAAUCCUGUUAUUUUUAGGUUAGUAUACAUUAUCCAAAUUACAGCAUACCACCACAGUAAAGUGAAAUUUGCCCGGUGUCCAAUUAUAAGGUAUAUUUUCAGGUGUGGCUAUAGGAUGUAAAUGAAACAAAGGCUAAAAUGCUAAAUUUUGUGAGGUAAUGGCAGCAAUAAAUUAAAUGCUAAGAAUGAUUAAUCAGGUACAUAUUACUGUAAUUAACUUACUGCACUUUAGUAGUUAAUUUCCAUCCUGAAUUUAUCAUGUCGAUCCAGUGUUGUCAUUUGUUUUGACAAAAAGUAAUGUUGUUUACAUUUGGAAAUUUGGAGAUGAUUAUUGGUCUAAGAACUAUUACCCAGCCCUAGGCAUAUAAUGAUUGUGUACAUAUACAUUUAAAAUUAUAUGGAAUGGUUAACUAAGGUUUUGCAAAAGUUUUGUCUUGAGAAUAUGCUAAUUCCUUUUUAUAUUUUUAUUGCACAAACCUCCACCCCUUUCCCGUUUCAUGAAUAUGAGACUUCUGGAAUUGGGCUGAUGAGAAAAUAAUGUAGAGUCAACAGUUAAGAUUUUACUUUUGUUCACUGAUAAACUUAUUUUUUUGCAAGAUAACAUUUGCCUUUUAAUAAUGCAAAGCUAUGAAUUUUAGCCUAAAUAUUAAUUUUCAUAAAUAGUUCUGCUUUAACUUAGAUAUUCCAAAAUUGGGUUUAGGAAGAUACUGUUAUUCUGGAAAUACACUCAAGGGAUAAUAAAAUGUCCAGUGUAUAUACUCACCAAUUCAUGCUCCAGAAGAGGAAAUACUGCAGAAAAUAUUCAGUAGAGAGUUUAGUGGACUUUGCUUUUUCUUAGAAUGUCUUAUAAAGUGUUCAUAUAACAAAAUGACGUUCAGUAGACCAACGUUCAGUACAUCAACCUUACAGUGUUUAUUAGCCAUCAGCUAAACCGACUACUGACACUAGAGAAGGACUACAAAGCCAUCAAGAGGUCUCUGACCAACUUCAGCAAGACAGGAGGACAGCUGGCCUGUAUGGCGCUUAAAUGAUUGAUGUCGUUUUCCGUGUUCACGAUUUGAAGCUAUUUAAGAACUUUAUAUAAAAAAAAGUAAAUGGCAUCCACUGAUAUGGUCAUCCUCCUCUGUUGUUCAAAACCUACUCCAUUAAAAGGAAGAUGAUCUUGUAAUGGCAAGAAAAGGAUUUUCUCCUAUUUAAAAAAGGAACAGUGUUGUCUACAAGCUUUCAAUAGUUUUCUAGUGCUAAUAUUCAUGUUGUAAAACGAUUACUACAUAACCAGUAGUCACAGGAAAUUUCCUCUUUGCAUAUUUCUUUAAAAUCCUCUGAAAAGUACGAUGUUGAUAAUUAACUUACUCUUAUCUGCCAAAACCAGAGUAAGAUGUCACAUGUGUUAUUGCUAGUUAAUUAAUGGUCUCAAAUCUAUUUGCCUCACUUGCUUGCCUUUGCCUACUCUGAAGGCUGCAGCCCUAAAGAUAGCAAGCACCAAGUCAGUUUCCAGAAUUGCCCAUCAGCUGCUUUAGGUGACUUCACAGCCUGCCACAGCUUUAGCAGGCCUUAGGAUCACCUAGGAGCAGAGUGCAGGCCAGGAGAACUGCAGCUUCCCACGCUUCCUGUGGAGUUGAGAAGAAAAAGGGAGAGUUUACAGGUUGAAUUUCUCUUAACUACCCUUUUCCUUGGGUCUUAAUCUCCAUGAUGUCCAAAGGCUUCCCUCACCGGAUCCAAACUCUGGCACUGUCUGAGUAGGAGAUUAAAAAGAGGCAAGUCACCUUGUUAAGAAAUACCUUCACUCAGGCCAGGGUCAUUUCCACUGCCUAAGAUUGUGAAAUUGGGCUUGCGUGAUAAGCUGGAGACUCCUCUCUGAUAGAUGGGAGUCAUGACUACUAAAAAAUUUACAAUUAAUACCAAAAGUUUUUCACAUAUGCUUCUCUGAAAAGUUAUUGGGGGACGGGGGAAAAGAGAAAAUCUUCCGUGUUUGUGGUUUUCCUGUAAAGAUAGAUUUAGGAUAUGACAUAAGCAUGUAUUAAUAAAACUAACACACCAAAGAGUUAUGUAAAACAUGUUUUAUUAAUUUUGGUCCCCCUUUAGAGACAUUUUUAUUUCUGUCUUGAAAUGAGUGAUCUAUAUUCAUAAAAACAGAACAUUAUAAAGUGCUGUUUAUGUGAGAUAACUUGAGUGAUAUUCCUUCAAAAAAUAGAUCAUAACUAAUGAUAUGUUUGUAAUGGUGAUUGUUAGAUUUUAUUAGUAGCUGGAAAUACUGUAGCAACACUUAGUCUGAAAUUUGGACCUCAGACACUGUGGCUGUCUAAUACAAUCCUUUAAAAAUUCUGUGCAUCUUCAGUAAGUGCAGUAUACUUCUUGUACAGCUCUCAGUAAUUUUUUAAAGUUUAUGAAAUUAUAUUUAUCAAAUAAAAAUGUUUCUAUAUAAAUAAGUGUUUUUCCAUUAUUUAGGCAUUGUAAGCCUCUCUGCUCAUCAUAACCAGCACUGCCAAAUUUGUUUUGAGUUAAAUUUUAUUAUAUUUAUCCUCCAUUUAUAGUAUAGGAAUGCCAUUAUGCCUUUUGCUGACUGCAAUUUUCAAAAAUCUAGCAGUUCUUUGUUAAGUCAGGUUAUAUAGAUCAUCAGUACAGUUCCUGAAAGGGGUCUGAUAGAAAUGUACCAACUGUGAAGACCAACACACUUCAACUAAAAAUUGCAUCAUUCAUGAAAAGCCAGCCAGUGUGAAUUUGGAAAUGCCUUGGUCCAUAGAAAAUAUGUGCUUUCUUUAAAAUAUACCUGACAUAAUGUAUAUAUAUAAAAUAUUCUAACCUCCUGUUGAUAAUCAUUAUUCCUAAUGCUUCCUCACUUGCCAGUUUAAACACACAUAAUUGUUUAUGUUUAUUAAAAAGAUAUGCUGUUGUCUUUGCCCAAGUAUUAGUAUUUACAAAGAAUGACAAUGUGUGAUACAUGUAAUGUAUUUUUAUUUCUGGAAUUAGAAUAUGAUCCCAGACAAGUCAAUUUAGGCAUCUGUUUUUAUUUGAGAAGGAGUUGAGGAUUUGCACUAUCUUUAGGAUAACCCCUCAGUCGUUAACUUUUGUUAUACUACAUGAUGAAUCAUGUUCUCAGUAAGAAAUUUAGGACAAAAACAUAAAAUUUUAUGAACAGCAUUUCACCAGAAAAUUUAGUGAAUUCUUUAAAAACUAUUCCAGUUUUAUUAUGAAGAGCUAACUGACUGACGAAGCUACUAUAAAUGGAGAAAAGUCCACGUGUCCUUGAAUGGUGCUUUUUGGGGGUGGCAGAGGGCCCUCUGAUACAUCCGAUUUUUAAUACUAAUUGUUUAAGGUAAAAUGGUAUAUAUAUUCAAGUAAAAUUUAUAGACAUUGAAGUGCAUAGAUUUUAGGAUUACAUUUUAUCACUUUUGACAAAUCUAUAUGUCUGUGUAAUCUGUACCCCAGACCAGAUGAACCUUUCCAUCGUCCCAGAAAGUUUCUUUGCUCUGCUUUCCAGUGAAUUUAUGCCUCCCUUCCAUUUUUCUGUUUUCUGUUGUCAUAGGUUAAUUUUACUUCUUAUUGAAUUUCAUGUAAAUGGAAUUAUACAGUGUGUUCACUUUGGCAUCAGGCCUCUUGCUCAAAAUGAGAGAGUCAUGCAUGUUGUUGCAUAUAUCUAUAGUUUGUUUCUUUUUGUUACUCAGUAGUGUUCCAUUUCAUGAACAUCCCACAAUUUAUCCUUUCUCUUGUUUAUGGAUAUUUGGGUUAUUUACAGUUCAGGGUGAUUAUAAAUUGUUAUUAUGAACAUUCUUUGUAGACAUGUUUUCAUUUCUCUUAUGAAGUAACUAGUAGAAUUGCUGCGUCAUAAGUUAGGUUUAUUUUUAAUUGUAUAAGAACCUGCCAAAAGUUUUCCAAAGUGAUUGUGCCGUUUUAUGUGCAUUUGUGUGCAAUUAUGAGAGAGAGUACUAUUAUACCUCAUUAUGAUUUUUAAUUUGCAUGAUGACUAAUGAUGUUUAACUCCUUUUCAUAUGCUUAUUGGCAAAUUUAUCUCUUUGUCCUGAAAUGUCUGUUCAAGUCCCUGGCCGUUUUUUCAUUAGACUGCUUGUCUCAUUAUAGAUUGCUUAGAAUCCUUUAUAUAAAGAUCUAAGUCCUUUAUCAGAUGUGUGUAUUGUUGGCAUUUUCUCCUAGGCUGUGGUUUGCCUGUAUAUUUUCUUAAUGGUGACUUUUACGAGCAAAAGUGCAUUUAUUUUGAUGAAGUCCGAUUUUAUUUUCCUUUAUGGUGAUGUGCUUUUUGUGUUUUGUGUAAAAUAUCCUUGUCAGCCCCAAGGUCAUGAAGAUAUUUCCCUAUGUUUUUCUAAAAGCGUUAUAGUCUCAACUUUCCCGUUUUAAGUCUAUGAUCCAUCUCAAAUUUAUUUGUAUGUAUGGCAUGAGGCAAGGAUUCAGGAUAUUCCUUCCUCCUAAUCCUUCUAUAAGGGUAUAUUUUGUUUAGCUCCAUUUGUUGAAAAUAUUCUCCAUUUCCAUUGAAUUUUGUGCCUCUGUUUGAAAUUUAUUGACUGUAUAAACGUGGGUCUGUUUCUGGACCCUCUGUUCUGUUCUAUUCAUUUAUCUUUACACCAGCAGCUCACUGUCUUGAUUACUAUAGCUCUAUACUUAGCUUUGAAAUCAGGUAAUGUAAGUCCUCCAACUCUGUUGUCAAGAUCGUUCUGGCUGUCCUAGUUCCUUUGCAUUUCCGUAUAAAUUUCAGAAUCAGCUGAUCAGUUUCUAAAAAGAAAAAAUCCUGAUAUGAUUUUGAUUUGGAUUGCUCUGAAUCUGUAGAUCAAUUUGGAAAUAACUGACAUCUUAACAAUUUUGAGUCUUCUAAUCCAUGAACAUGAUAUAUCCCUCCGUUUAUUUUAGGUCUUCUUUAAUUUCUCUCAGGAAUGUUUUAUAGUCUUCAGUGUAGACAUCUUGUAAACCUUUGUUAAACUCCUAAAAUUUUUAUGGUUUUUGAUGCUAUGGUAAGUGGAAUUUUUUUAAAUUUAUUUUUUAAUUACUCGUUACUAGAAUACAGAAAUGCAGUUAAUUUUUGUAGUUUUGACUUUGUAACCCUUCAACCUUGCUAAAUUCAUUCAAUUCUAGUAUUCUUUUUUACUUUUGUGUAGAAUCUUCUCGCUUUUCCCAUACACAGUCAUGUCAUCCGAGAAUAAAAGGUUUCAAUUUUUUUUCCAAUCUUAUCUCUUUUUGCCUUUAUUGCACUGGCUAGAACGUCCUUUACAAUGUUAAAUAGGCAUGGUGAGAACCAUGAAUAGAUGUUGAAUUUUGAAAAUGCUUUUUCUCUGUUUAUCAAGAUGAUCGUAUUGUUUUUUAUGUUUUAGUUUGGUAAUGUGGUGAAUUAUCUUGUUGAUUUUCAAAUGUUAAACCAACUUUACAUCCCUGAAAUAAAUCUCACUUGAUUAUGAUAUGUUA